GAAAGUUUAUCAUCGCCAAUGCACAGGUGGAGAACUGUGCCAUUAUCUUCUGCAACGAUGCCUUCUGUGGGAUGUGUGGUUACACCCGGGCUGAGGUGAUGCAGAAGUCCUGCACCUGUAGCUUCCUGUAUGGACCUCACACCAGGAGACCAGCGGUGGCACAGAUGGCUAAAGCUCUGCUGGGAGCGGAGGAGAGAAAGGUGGCGAUUUCCCUCUACACUAAAGAAGGAGUGUGUUUCAACUGUGAGAUCGAUGUGGUUCCAGUGAAGAACGAAGAUGGCCUGGUCAUCAUGAUCAUACUCAACUUUGAGCUUCCCACUGACCCCAGACCAGCCAGCAGCUCUCCAGCCAGAGAGCUCAACCGAGUGGUGCACAUCCCCUGGCUGACUGUGGAUUGGCGGCAGCGUCUGCGCCUUCUCCUCCGCUCCCUCGGCUCCAGUUCAGGUGUCCUGUCGCAGGACACAGAGCUGGGUUCUCCCCGUGCCGACCUCCUGCCCCUCGGACGUGAGUCUGUGGCCCUGGACAAACUGCUGCACUACCCUGAGAGACAGCAGCAGGAGGAGUCAGGAGCUGGACUACUGCUGUGGGACAAAGAAGACGAGGAGGAGGAGGAGGAGGAGGAACGGAUAAGAGGAGCGGGACGAGGAGGACAGUGGGACGGCUUGGAGGCACCUGAGUCGAGGAGUGAGGGAGACAGACAGAGCAGAGAUGGAGGUGAUGUUGAUGCAUCUCUGGUGGAUACAAGAACAGGAGGAGGGGGAGGACUUCACACAGCUCCCACCUCAGCUCCCCCAGGUCUGGCCCUGCCCCUUACCUCCUCUCAAACUGCACCGAGAGGCCAGAGAAGGAAAGGCCGAGGCGAAGACAGCGGCUACCCUCCAUCCAGCAGCUUCGACGGCAGCUGCGGGAGUUUAAAACAUUCCUCCUCGGUGGACGAUAUCAAGAGCAGGCAGAGUUACUGGGAAAAGAGGCUACAGUUGAGAAACAGCUGCACAGCUCGUAUGGUAACCGUCAGAAAGACCAGCGGGCCUGUUGCGACAUCAGACACUGAUUUACGCUGCAGAACCAGCAGCCAGAUGACCCAGAGCCCAGUGGCCCACUUACCUCCUGGUGAAAUCAGACCUCCUUGCAAACUGAUCGACAGGACACAUCAUGUCACUGAGAAAGUCACUCAGGUUCUGUCUCUGGGGGCUGACGUGUUGCCGGAGUACAAGCUGCAGACUCCCAGGAUCCACAAGUGGACCAUCCUUCACUACAGUCCAUUCAAGGCUGUGUGGGACUGGCUGAUUCUGCUCUUGGUGAUUUACACAGCCAUCUUCACCCCGUAUUCUGCUACAUUUCUGCUGAGUGACCAGGAGGAAGCAGCCAUGCAGACCUGUGGUUACUCCUGUUCCCCCCUCAACGUGGUGGAUCUCAUCGUCGACAUCAUGUUCAUCGUUGAUAUCGUCAUCAACUUCAGGACCACAUAUGUCAACUCCAAUGACGAGGUGGUGAGCCAGUCCUCUCGGAUUGCUGUCCACUACUUCAAAGGCUGGUUCCUCAUCGACAUGGUGGCAGCCAUUCCCUUCGACCUCCUCAUUUACCGCUCAGGAGAGGAGGCGGUCCGGGGAGGUGCAGAAGGCGAGACCACCACUCUGAUCGGUUUACUGAAGACGGCUCGGUUACUGCGAUUGGUUCGCGUAGCCAGGAAGUUGGAUCGAUACUCCGAGUACGGUGCGGCUGUCCUCUUCCUCCUCAUGUGCACCUUCGCCCUCAUCGCCCACUGGCUGGCCUGCAUCUGGUACGCCAUAGGUAAUGUGGAGCGGUCCACGUCAGUUGGGAUCGGCUGGUUGGACAACCUGGGCGACCAGCUGGGGAAGCCGUACAAUGACUCCAUCAUUGGGUCGGGUCCGUCCAUUAGAGAUAAAUACGUCACGGCUCUGUACUUCACCUUCAGCAGUCUGACCAGCGUGGGCUUUGGGAACGUCUCCCCAAACACCAACUCUGAAAAGAUCUUCUCCAUCUGUGUCAUGCUCAUCGGCGCUCUGAUGUACGCCAGUAUUUUUGGAAACGUGUCGGCCAUUAUCCAGCGGCUUUACUCAGGUACCGCGCGCUACCAUGCCCAGAUGAUGAGGGUUCGCGAGUUCAUCCGCUUCCACCAGAUCCCCAACCCUCUGAGGCAGCGGCUGGAGGAGUACUUCCAACACGCGUGGUCAUACACCAAUGGGAUAGAUAUGAAUGCUGUAUUAAAAGGUUUCCCAGAGUGUCUCCAGGCAGACAUUUGUCUCCACCUCAACAGGUCACUGCUGCAGAACUGUAAGGCUUUCAAAGGAUCCACUAAGGGCUGUCUGAGGGCCCUCGCCAUGAGGUUUAAGACCACCCACGCUCCUCCUGGUGACACCCUGGUCCAUGCUGGGGACCUGAUAUCAGAUCUGUACUUCAUCUCCAGAGGCUCCAUAGAGAUCCUCAAAGGAGACGUGGUGGUUGCUAUACUGGGUAAGAAUGAUAUCUUUGGGGAGCCCAUCGAUCUGGAUGCUCUGCCAGGAAAAUCCAGCGCUGAUGUCAGAGCUCUGACUUACUGUGAUCUGCACAAGAUAAACAGAGAUGAGAUUCUGGAGGUUCUGGACAUGUAUCCGGAAUUUUGUGAAUAUUUCUGGUCCAAUUUGGAGAUCACCUUCAAUCUCAGAGAUGUGUUUAAUGAAGCCAGUGGUCUUCUUAGUGGAGAAGACUCGGACUGUGAGGGAUCCAGCAGACCACAGAGGAAACACACUUCCACUCACACAGGUGACCCCAUCUCAGCCAAGAGGCAGAACGCUGCCUCCAGGUGUACAAGUCGUCACAGUUACUGGGAGCACCGUGAUGGACACAGCAUAGACGAUCACAAACAUACACUAUAUGGCCCUGUGUUCUCCAGUGAGGAUGGAGAGGAGGAUUUGGAGGAGACCAGUCCUGCUCAGACUUCCAUUAUUCAUGCUGCUGCCACAAACUCUACCAGAUGCCCCAAGCCUGGCGUGUUCCCAGGAGUGUCCAGCAUCUUUACAUUAUGGGGCUCAGAGAGUCGAGAGGAACACACCUAUCAGGCGGUGCCCUGCUCCCGCAGCCUCCACUCGCCACCGUCUCAGCCUCCCUCUCACCAGCUCCAUUACCUGCCCUCCUCCUCCUCACACUGUCCCUUCAGCCCUCCUCCUCCUCAUCCUACCACUAUCAUCUCUGGGAGGCAGAGGGUUGAGCUAAAGAACAAGCUGGAGGCUUUGCAGCGGCAGAUAGCCAGGUUGGAGUCUUGUAUGUCAGCAGACAUCAAGACCAUCAUGGGGCUGCUGCAGAGGCAGAUCGCAGUAAUCCCACCUUCCUACAGCACCCUGAUGUCAACAGCGAACGCACCGUCCUCCCCCAUCCUGUCUCCAACUGUCGCCUGCCCAUCUGGCACGCUAACCCCUGUCUUCCCCACAGACGAGUCCCCAGCCACCAACCCCCAGCGACGACAGUCAAAUGAAGACAGUCAGGACCAAGAUCAAGUCCUGCAGCAACUUCCAGAAUCUAAUUCCAUCAAUUGUGGUUCCCCUGUCCUCCAUCUCACUGCCUCACCCCCUCUCAUCCAUGCCUCACCUCACACAUCUUCAUAUUAGUCACUGUUUUUCUUACCCAAAACACCUCCACCCAAUCCUCAAAAAUUCAUCCAGUCUUCCUUCUCUGUUCUCAACCAGACAGGUGUGUCUUUCUGUCUUACACAUUCUGUAAACCUUUUAGCAGACUGUCAAUGAAAGUCAGUCUGAACUUUCACAUGAGAAUUUUGUAGUUAAAAAAAUAUUCAGUAGUCUUAGAAUUCCAA